AUGCUACAGCGAUUAGCCCAUUUAUCCCCAUCACACGGCCUUUUGCACGAACGAUUAUCACCCAGUCGACACCACAUUGAAUGUCGAGAAUGGGAGAAUUGCGAGAUUUCAUCUCUCUUUCCACCGCAACCCCUCUCUCCCCGGCCUCAUCCCAUUCCAAAAUACACUUACUUUGACUCAGCCUCAUCUCGGCCUAUCGGGCUGCCCAAACAGCUUGGCAAAUUGGGCCAUGCGGGCACUAGUCUAAUGUGGCCAGACCAAUUUCCCAACUAA